AAAGUGUUAUUUUUGUUCAUAUUAGUUGUGUUCUGUUGCUGAAAUCGUAUCAUACUGUCACACUUCCAGGUCCCACUCGAACGAUUGAUUUAUAUUUAUUGGCUUUAGUUGUCAUCUAUGUGAGUCCGUCUCUGUGGGUUUUCCUCCAGAAACAAACACCUUCCUAGUAGGAAUUCAACCCCUUUUGUUUUUCCUUUGAGAAACUAUACCCAGAAGCUUAAACUUGCAAUGUAUUUCUUCUACUGAAUCUUUCUCCAGUCUUUCAGGAUUUGCAGAAUCAGAUAAGCUCUUUUUUUAUUAGUCCUUUUCAAAAGAGGCCAAUUAAUAAUUCCAUCAAGGAAAGGUAGCUAUAUUGCGCUCUCUUUCUCUCUCUCAUAGAGGAUUGAGAGAAGCAAAGCAUCUUCUUUUGCGUGAUCAGCAUUUCAUUUUGGAAGCAGAUCCUCAAAGCAUACUUGGCAGCCUGUCAUGACUGCUAAUACAACCACUUUAAGUUAUUGGUUGAACUGGAGGUUCUUCCUCUGCGCAGUAUUUGUCUUACUUGCUAUAAUUUUUGCGGCAAUUCUAAUACGGAAGUAUGAAGGAUCCAAGAAAUCAGAAUCUGAGAGGAGAGAAAAUCAGCGAGAAAGAGUGGAAGCUUUAUACAAGGGUGAAGCUUGGAAGACAUGCCUUAAAGGAAUUCACCCUGCUUGGUUGCUUGUAUUUAGAAUAACUGCUUUCAUUAUCAUGUUCUCACUGAUCACAGCAAAUACUGUUGUUGAUGGAAUUGGCAUAUUUUACUUCUACACUCAGUGGACUUUUACUUUGGUCACAAUCUAUUUUGCGCUUGGAUCUUCAAUCUCCUUUUAUGGGUGUUGCAAGCAUCACAAUGGAUUAGAUGAUGAUCAGGCUUAUCAUGAAAAUAUAGAUGCAGAGAGAUGCAACUAUACAGCUCCUUCACUUAGGGAAACAGCAGAUAUAUCUGACUUGCCCAAAAGUCUAGAUAUCAAUGGAGAACCUCAUGGUCGCCAAACUGCAGGUGCAUGGGGCUAUAUUUUUCAAAUUAUUUUUCAGACAUCUGCUGGUGCUGUGAUGCUUACUGAUAUUGUAUUCUGGUUCAUUCUUUAUCCAUUUCUAACGGCCAAAGAUUAUACCCUUGAUUUUCUGAAUGCUUGUAUGCACUCAGUCAACGCUGUCUUACUCCUUGGUGACACAUUUUUGAAUUGUUUGCGGUUCCCCACCUUUCGGAUUGCAUAUUUUAUUUUGUGGACAUGUAUAUUUGUCAUCUCUCAGUGGAUCAUCCAUGCUUGUGUUUCGAUGUGGUGGCCAUAUCCAUUUCUUGACUUGUCGUCCCCAUAUGCUCCCUUAUGGUACAUAGGAGUGGGGUUGAUGCAUAUUAUAUGCUAUGGCAUAUUUGCUUUGAUAAUUAGGCUGAAGCAUUUUUGGUUGUCGAGAUCAUAUCCAGAGUCCUAUCAGGGUUUUAGGUAAGAAAAGGAAUGGCACUGAAUGCCUACAAGUUAACCAUAUUAGCCAACAGCACCCAGUUAUUGUUUUUGAUCUAGUAAUUGGGGAGCAAAAGCUGUUAGUGAAACGGAGCGUUUGAUAGGGGCGGGAAUUCUUGUCAGUCUGUUAAGACGUUAGCAGGUUGUUUGUGUGUUAUGAUACAUGUCAAAUAAUGAUUGGUUCGAUGUAAAAUCUUUAAAUAGUUAGGCAGAGCUGAUUGUAAUCUCCAUUGAAGAUAUGGAACCUUCUGUAACAUAUGUGACUGUGAUUGAAUAAUAACUGUUCUUCCUUCUCAAGCA